GACAAAAUGUUAUCGAUAAGGUCUGUGGCUAAUUAAACAUGGCUUGAAGGCUUGUGGCUUAGAAGAUACUUCGAAUCAAAAGCUUGCAUACAUGUAAUGAGGUUAAGAUAUUGUAGUGUACAAUGCUCUUGUACCUUAUCUCUACAGCGAAAUCCACCCAAGUGCGUCAUUCGCUGACUUCCAUUUGCCCCCACCAACAAGGAAACACCGCGCCGACUUGAGAGUCCAGACCGUGAAUCGCAAACUCCAUCUACCUCUUAUCCUUAGGUAACCAUCACAAUCCGAUCCGACGACGUUUUCCUAAGCUCCUGAGAUAUUGAAAUACUUCGAUAUCUACUUAGAUUAAUCCGCCGACCGAACAUUCCGAUCCGAUAGAAACCAACUACCCUCCCAUCGUCCUGAAUUAUCAAAACCUCGGUCAAGAUGUCCAAUCGACAACUCGCCCGCGACAUGCAAGUCGAGUUUCAGGCUCGCUUCCAAGCGAAGCAAGCGCGCCGCGAGGCCCAGAAGGCAGCGAAGCAGGACCCGCUGCUCAAGAAGCAGAUACAGGACCUGCUGAAGAAGGGCGACACGGCUAAAGCCUACCAGAAGGCCAAGAUGCUGCUCUCGAAGCAGGCCCUCGCCCAGCAGAUGGACCAGAUGGCCGACAUGGCCGAGCUCAGCGUCGCCCAGAUCCAGGCCAACAACGCCAUGAACCGCAUGACGCACAUGAUGGGCCAGUCCUCGCGCACCAUGACCGCCGCCCAGCGGAACAUGAACCCCGAGCGCACCCUCAUGACGCUCGAGCAGUUCAAGCAGCAGAACGAGGAGUACGCCGUCAACAACGGCAUCUACCAGGACGCCAUCUCCCAGACCACCUCGCAGCAGGUGUCCGAGGACGCCGUCCACGAGCUCCUCGGCAAGCUCGCCGACGACGCCGGCGUCCAGCUCAACUCCCAGCUCAACUCCGCCCAGCCCAGCCGCGCCGAGCCCGCUACCCCACAGGCCGCCGAGCCCACCGCCGAGGAGGAGGACGCGCUGCAGCAGCGGCUGCGUGCUCUAAGAGCGUAAGGAAAAUAAAGAAAAGGCUCCAUAGUGAUGGUGGUGGUGGUGGUGGUAGAGGGAGCCGAGACGAGGGACGGAGAACGCGCGGCAGGGAAGUACCUAAACUAGGGAGAAGCCGCUGGCUCGAGUACCGGCAUGAAUACCUACGUUAGGUACGUUUGUAUAUGCGCGGGGUACGAUGACAAGAGAAGGAGGAUUGUGAGCGGGAGAAAGUGGUUUUUAGCAUCUUUUUUUUUCGAUUGGGCACGGGGAUGGCAGACUUUGCUUGCUUCGCAUUACGACAUAAGGGGUUCCGUAUGGCGUUCCGGUUUUUGUGUCUUCUUUUUUUUCCUCUUUUCUCCUUUACCAGUGUUGAUGUUAUAAUGCUUAAGGCGUAGAAUAGAACUCGUUUAUGAGAGGUAUCAAGUUGAGAUUUUUAAUUACAUGGAAGCCGUAGGACUUUGAUGUCCACUUGGUACUAUUGUUUUACUUGCAUAUUACUGAACGUGUGUAUUUCAUGUAGUAUAUACUGAAAUAUACCUAUCGGCACCCUCCAGUACACAGAUUAGCAAUAUGUAGUUGGGUCAUGGCUUUUACUACAUCUUAUGGUGGGAGUGUAGAACUCGAAGUGAUGACGAUAAUCAAGUCGACUUU